AUGGAUGGGGGAAGUGUCGAAAAGAACAUCCCCACAAACGUUUCUAUAGAUCAUGUGCUUGUGGCUUUAGGUGAAACGAAAGAAGAAAGGGAUAUUCGUAUUCGAAGCCUUUUCAAUUUCUUCGAUGCAGGGAAUAAUGGGUACUUGGAUUAUGGUCAGAUAGAGAGAGGGUUAUCGGCAUUGCAAAUUCCAGGACAGUAUAAAUACGCGAGGGAGCUUUUCAAGGUUUGUGAUUCUAAUAGCGACGGUAGGGUUGAUUACAAUGAGUUUCGCCGGUAUAUGGAUGCUAAGGAAUUGGAACUUUAUUGCAUCUUUCAAGCAAUUGAUGUGGAACAUAAUGGUAGUAUUCUUCCUGAAGAGCUUUGGGAUGCACUUGAUAGGGCGGGGAUUGAAAUGGAUGAAGAAGAGCUUGCCCGCUUCGUGGAGCAUGUUGACAAAGACAACAAUGGAACUAUUACUUUUGAAGAAUGGAGAGAUUUUCUUCUACUUUACCCUCAUGAAGCAACUAUCGAAAAUAUAUAUCACCACUGGGAGAGAGUGUACCAUGUAGACAUCGGAGAUCAAGCUGUCAUUCCUGAAGACAUUAGCAAGCACACUCACCGGAGCAAAUAUUUUAUUGCUGGAGGAAUAGCAGGAGCUACGUCGCGUACAGCUACUGCUCCUCUCGAUCGUCUGAAGGUGGUCUUGCAAGUCCAGACUACACGUUCUUCCGCCAUGUCAGCAAUUACGACAAUAUGGAAGCAAGAUAGGUUAAAGGGUUUUUUCCGUGGUAAUGGAUUGAACGUUGUGAAGGUAGCACCAGAAAGUGCCAUCAAAUUCUAUGCUUUUGAAAUGCUGAAAAAAGUAAUUGGAGAUGCUCAAGACAACAAGUCCGAUAUCGGUGCUGCUGGGAGGCUUUUAGCAGGUGGUGUGGCUGGUGGAAUUGCGCAGACAGCAAUCUAUCCGUUGGAUCUUAUCAAAACUAGGUUACAGACUUGUGCCUCUGAAGGUGGAAGAGCUCCUAAUCUUGGAACACUCACAAAGAAUAUAUGGAUUCAAGAGGGACCUCGAGCUUUCUACCGGGGACUUCUUCCAUCUGUGAUCGGCAUGAUUCCUUACGCUGGCAUUGAUCUCGCUGUUUAUGAUACCUUGAAAGAAAUGUCGAGAAGAUAUAUUAUUCAUGAUAAUGAUCCUGGUCCUCUAAUACAACUAGGAUGUGGAACGAUUUCUGGAACCCUUGGAGCUACUUGUGUCUAUCCACUGCAGGUUAUUCGUACCAGGCUGCAGGCACAACCUUCAAACAGUUCCGAUGCGUACAAGGGGAUGUUUGAUGCAUUUUGCAGAACUUUUCAGCAUGAAGGCUUUAGAGGUUUCUACAAAGGACUCUUUCCAAAUCUACUCAAAGUUGUACCAGCUGCCAGCAUUACUUACAUGGUCUAUGAAAAUAUGAAGAAAAAUCUUGAUCUAGAGUAG